AUGCAAACCAAACAUUUCAUCAAUGACCCUACCCACCUUGUGAAUACAGCACUUCAUUCUCUAACCAUAACUAAUCCUUCUCUUGCUUUUGACUCUUCUAACAAGAUCAUAUACCGACGACGACCGAAAGAUGGCUUUGCUUCUCCCAAAGUGUCUAUCAUAUCAGGUGGUGGCUCGGGCCAUGAACCAGCGUUUGCUGGAUUCGUCGGCAAAGGACUGCUGACAGCCUCAGUAGCAGGAACAAUCUUUGCCUCGCCGUCUGCUGAGCAGGUCCGACGAGCAAUCUUAACUAGAGUACCAACGGAGAAGGGUGUGCUAGUCAUCACCAUGAAUUACACUGGAGAUGUUCUGAACUUCGGGAUGGCAGCCGAAAAAGCUAAAGCUGCCGGCAUUGAGACAGAGUUCUUUGCUAUCGCUGAUGAUGUAGGAGUAGGUCGUGAGAAGGGUGGCAAGGUUGGUCGACGAGGGAUUGGUGGAGGCAUACUCGUGCUGAAGAUGUGUGGUGCUCUUGCAGAACUUGGAGGAAGUCUUCCUAACGUGUACAACCUAGCCAAACAAGCAUCCUCGAGUAUCGUCUCAGUUGGCGCCUCGCUAGAGCAUGUCCACGUCCCGGGCCGCGCCAUCCCAGACGCAUCCUCCGAUGAGAAUAUUCCACAAGAAGAGGUAGAAGUCGGAAUGGGCAUCCACAACGAACCAGGCAGUCACCGCGUCUCCGCUACUCUUCCAGAGCUGAUCAAGAUCAUGCUAGCCCAAAUGCUUGACCCAGAUGACAAAGACCGAGCGUUUGUCUCCAUCUCCGAAUCCGACAAAGUGGUGCUCUUUAUCAACAACCUUGGUGGCGUUAGCAUGCUCGAGCUCGGUGGCAUAACGGCCGAAGUCACUCUCCAACUCCAGAAGGACUACAAGCUCACCCCGGUCCGGACCAUUAGCGGCGCUUUCCUCACUUCUCUAAAUGGCAUGGGCUUUUCAGCUAGCAUCCUCAAACUCAGCGACAUAGGCUUCGGCUCUGGUAAAUCUAUGCUUGAUCUCCUUGAUUACCCGGCCGAAGCCAUUGGCUGGGCCGCGCCAAUCCAACCCUCUACCUGGAAUGCAGACAACGAUCACACCAUGGACGACAAACCCGCUGCCACCCCUUCAACAUCCAAAUCCUCGGAGCUAACUCUCGACCCAAAUCUCGCCUCCAAAGUCCUGACCACGGGCCUCGAGAAAAUGAUAGCAUGCGAACCAGACGUUACCCACUACGACACCAUAGUUGGCGACGGCGAUUGCGGUAUUGGCCUUAAACGGGGCGCGGAAGCCGUCGUCUCAGAGCUAAAGAAAGGCGACCUUUCCACCGACGCAGUCGCCUUCGUGAACAAGAUCGUCUCCGUGGUGGAAAACAGCAUGGAUGGCACAUCAGGCGCCAUCUACGCCAUCUUCCUCAACGCCCUUGCUCACGGCCUGCGCGAGCAGGACACUGGAUCGAAGCAAGAAGUGAAUGCAAAGGCCUGGACAGCGGCGCUCAAAUCUAGCGUUGCGGCUCUGGGGAAAUAUACGCCUGCGCAGCCAGGGGAUAGGACACUGAUGGAUGUGCUGAUACCGUUUGUGAAGACCUUGGGGGAGAGUGGGGAUGUGAAGAAAGCAGCGGAGGCGGCGGCCAAAGGUGCAGAGGAGACGAAGGGCAUGAAGGCUAGUCUGGGGAGGGCGGUUUAUGUGGGUGGCGAGAGCGAAUGGGUGGGGAAGAUUCCGGAUCCGGGGGCUUGGGGGUUAAAGGAAUUUUUGGAGGGCUUGGCUGGGGCUUGUUAA